GUUUCGAUACAACUGGUUGCCAUAUGGUAUCCUUUUGGUGGACCAAACCGGCGAAUAAUGGUGCUCCUCCUUUCUCAUUGACUGGUCCGAAUUGAUGUCAUCACCGCUAGAUUGGAAUAUCGUACUCAUAAAGGGCAAUACACGAGUCUCUGCUUCGUGUUCUCGCUUCUGAGGAGGAAUGGGGAGGCGCUGCAAGUUCUGGCUCCCCAAGAAAAAUCGCUUCUGUGCAAAUGCACCUCUUAAAGAAUCAUUAUUCUGCGGAAACCACAACCCUAGGCCGGUAGAGCAGAGGAUUCCAUGUCCACUCGAUCCUUCUCAUACUGUACUGCAAGAAAAUCUUGAAGCACAUGUCAAGAGAUGUCCAUUGCUAAAACAAGUUCAAUCCUUGAAACUACAACCUUUCUACAAAAGGGGCAUUAAUGCGGGUAGGGAUGAAGAAGAUAAAGAAGAUGAAGAAGCAGAAGAGUCUACAUCGAAAGAAUUCGAUAAUUUAUUAUCUUCGAAUAAAUUGCUGUCUGGGUUAUCAGAUAACAUCACCUCAAACAUGAAGAGGAAUGCAGUUUAUAGCAUGAGUACGCCGGCAUUUACUGUACUAAUUCGGAAGAUUAAGUCGAUUCAUGGUUUAAUGUGUUCGGAUAUUCAAGACUCGUGUAAGAUGCCAGAAGCUUGUGGGAUAUGGAUUAAGAAAGAAAUAGAUCGGAAACUACCGUUUCAAGAGAAACAUGUUCUGCAACAGGCAUCGAUUCUUGGGAACAUUUCAGAAUUUGGAUUAUUAGAGAGUCCUGCUGCAAAAGUAGUUGUUCCUGAACCUAGGGAACACUUGAGCUGUGAUAAGUCGUCAUCUAGGAAAGACAACGAGGUCCCUGCAGUAGUUGAGUUCGGAGCUGGGAGAGCGUAUUUGACACAAAUGCUUGCAGAUUGCUAUGGAAUCAAGAAAGUAGUUUUAGUUGAACGGAAGUCUUACAAGCUGAAGGCUGAUCGAAGUCUACGCCAAAAAGAAAGCUUGAGUUUAGAACGUUUGAGAAUUGACAUAGAGGACCUGGACUUGAAUGCAGUUGAGUCUUUGAAGGGAAUUCCUUACCUGGCAAUUGGGAAACAUCUCUGUGGACCUGCAACAGAUUUGACCUUAAGGUGUUGUCUUUCUAACCAACAUAAUGAAGACAAGGCUAUAAAUUCAAGUGGUCACCUGAGAGGACUCGCCAUUGCAACAUGUUGCCAUCAUCUUUGUCAAUGGAAGCACUACAUAAAUAAAAGAUAUUUAUCAAAUCUGGGGAUCACAAAGGAAGAAUUCCAUGCCAUUACAUGGUUUACCAGCUGGGCAGUAGAUGCAGAUCAUGGGUCAGAUCUUUCUGAUGCUGUUGAUCGUGGAUUACAUCUGUGCUCAAUUGAGGAAGAUUGUAGUGUGGAUGCAUAUAGUGGCGUUGAAGAAAUUGUAAGGAAGAUGGAGGCACUGGAGAGGGCAGCGUUGGGAUUAAUGUGCAAAGAAAUUAUUGACAUGGGAAGGAAGAUCUGGAUGAAAGAAAAAGGCCUCGAGACAAGGCUUGUUAAGUAUGUUCCCUCCACUAUUUCUCCUGAAAACCAUCUACUGGUUGCUAAAUGCAGUAACCACUUGUAAGAUAUGGAGGCAAUGAUGGGCUUGCUGACGAUUUGUUGGUAGCUAAGUGCAGCUAUCGCUUGUCAAGAUAAGGAGGUUAGAAUGAUCUCUGCAUAAAAAACCGACUCACUGGAACUUCUAUUCAGAGUUUUAUUGAAGUGAAUGGAAUUUAUUGAACUAA